AUGAAUACUAGUGAUGGCUUUGUGCCUAUAAUUGCGAUGUUCUUCGCUCUCUUUCACCCAACAGAAGGAACAAAGGUGGUUCACCAAGUGCCUAGAGGAGCGAUAGUCCCAACUAUAAACUCGAAGAAUUCACCAACACAAACUGAGCCGCUUUUUGAUUUUGAUGCCAUAAAAAAUUAUGUGAUACCCAAGCCAGCGCUAUGCAAUAAGCUUUUGACGUUUAAGAUUGGAACUUAUCGUGUAAUUGGCUUUCCCGCAAAUAUUUACUCGCCGCAUUAUGCGAGGAACAGUUUUACUUUCAAUUUUUGUUUUGUCUUUCCAUACGAAAGUGAUACAACACCUUACGAAGGAAAUAUUAAGCGUAUAGGGAAGAUGUUCAGGGCGUUGGAGGAGCAAUCCCAGAUAUUAUCCAAAUCGGAAAAAGGCUAUGAGGUCUUCUUUAAGAAUUCGGCCGACGAUGAUACAACAAAAUUGGCAAAGAAAUUGAAAAGCACUUUGGGUAUUAGCAAACAUAUCUCAGAGAAUCAGAAAUAUUUAAAGAUAGUAGAAGAUUGGGAUGAAGGAGGGAAUCAAAUGGUUGUUACAAACCUGGAUGCGCCCGGUAGAAGUACAGGUUCGAAACCAAAAUUCUCGUCUCUCAAAAGUCUAAUUCAGCAGAUUUUUCAAGAUUUGAACAACUAUUCGGAGUGCAUGAUACCGAUUGAUGCGGCAAAUUCCGUGGAUAUCAAACUAUUUCCAAUAUUCCCUCCUCCACCAGAAGUCAACGCUUUUGAUGUACCGAUUGCGACGGUGAAACUUGACUCUAUGAUAGAUUCUCUUUGGGAUCCCACUAUGCUGAAAAUUGUUCCUUUCGUGAACGGUAUCAACUCAAUACAACAAAUAAGUGAGCUUUCGGGAACAGAUUUUGAACUAGCCAGACUUUGUAUUCAGCAUCUCAUUCAUUAUAAGUCCGUGGCAAUAAUGGAUAUUUUUCAAUUUGAUAAUUCCUACGCCGCAACGGCACAGAUAGGUGACUUUCUAACCGAUUCUACUAUGGCAGAGGAGUGCCAAAUCUAUGUUAUUAGUGCAAGUGGUACCUUUGAUGGUAUACCUCUGCAAUCCUCUCGGAAUUCUGUGAACUCGUCUAACGCCAGUUAUCAUUCUUCCUCAAUUCAAAUCGCUGGAACACACCGUGGUUCAGCUUCAUAUAAAGGUGACAGUCACACUGGUCCAGGAACCUCACCUUUACCAUUUUCACAUUCAAUUAUUUCUGAGUCUGCAGAUAUUGCAGCUCGUUUUGGGACCUCUUCAGGUCGUCGAAGUAAUUCCGAAACCAAACGAAGGCCUCCAAUGAAUUCACAUAUAAAUUCGGCGAAUACUCUUUCCAAGCGUGUAAUCUACACAUUACCUUCUAAGUCAACGUUGUUCAGUUUAUAUAGAUCGCUUAAUCAAAAUAUCACUGUAAGGCAGUGGUAUAUUGAACAUUCGGAGGCCCUAGAGCAUAUUGAUGUCAGAAAAUUUAUUACUUUUGGAGUUUUGCGUGGACUUAUAUAUAGGGUUCGCUCGUACCCUGUCAUCUCGAAGCUGGCGAAUACCAUUGAAUUUGGUAUUUCAGAUUUGGGAAAACUGAAGAUUAUUCAUGAGUCCAAUAAUAAUGUGUCAGAAAGAACAAAGAAUUAUAAUCUUGGUGCACUCCCCUUGGUUCGAACAUUAAAAGCAAAUGGUAGAAGAGGAUCUUCCACCAAAGGGAAAAGCUUGAAUCUUAAAAUUUCGCACUCAGUCUCUGAAGAUUUUGAUGAAAGCAAGGAGAGUGACAAUAAUCCCGAUAAUUAUGAUGAAGAUGAUAUCAGCACAUCUGAAGUAACUACAAAUGGCGGUAAUAUGGGUAUUUCUAUUAGAAACCCCAAACAGGUAAAAGCAAUAAAGGAAGAAAAUAUGAAGGAACCUGAAGCUAUUAUUUCGGCAAGUUUGGGCCAGAGGGAACAAGCUGCUGAUUUACCAAAUUUGGAGGUGAGAUCUUCCGAUAUGAAUUCUACGUUCAGUAAAAGCUCAAGAAAAAGGUUGGAACCACGAGACAAAGUUAAGCUUACUCAUCUCCUUGAGCAAACGAAGGAUUUUGACAUGAUCUGCACCACUAUGAAAAGAUCCAAGAAGGAAAUUUAUGAACUCUUAGACAUGAUGGAUGCCUGGCGUAUCAUUAAUGCAUAA